AUGCCACUGACGCUUGCAAAGCUGCCCUACGAGCAAGAUCCGGAAGCGAUUGAGCUAUCGCGCAAACGACUUGGCAUCCGUGUCGAGAAGCAUACGCCACUCGCCCUGCAGCGGCACUUGUAUCGGCCGCGAUGCCCACCGGUACUACGGGGAGCUUUCACGGUGCGGCGCGCCUCGUCACCGCAGUCCGCUAUGGACCAUGACGAACGAAUCAAGGCGUUGUUUCCCCACGUUCAUCACAAGCCCAUUGUAGAGAUCGCAUUUCAUGACGGUGAGAAGCCAAUGAGCAUCGGGCGACCGCUACGCUUGGGGGUGCUGUUUUCGGGCGGACCUGCUCCUGGCGGUCACAAUGUUCUUGCCGGUCUGCAUGACUUUUUAGCCUCCCGGAAUAUUUCUAGCUCAUUAGUUGGAUUUUUAGGAGGCCCUUCCGGUCUGAUCGAGGGCAAAUACAAGGAGAUCACAGAAGAGACGCUCUUCCGCUACCGCAAUCAGGGCGGGUUUCAUUUGCUUGGCUCAGGACGGACCAAGAUUGAAACGCCUGAGCAGCUCGAUGCUGCGUUCACCACUUGUGAACGUCUGCAACUGGACGGCCUUGUCAUUGUCGGUGGUGACGACUCCAAUACCAAUGCAUGUGUACUGGCAGAGUACAUUGCUGCAAGAGGUGGCACGACCUGUGUGGUUGGCGUUCCCAAGACGAUCGAUGGCGAUUUGCGGAACGCCUACAUUGAAGCGAGUUUUGGUUUCGAUUCUGCCUGCAAGUUGUAUGCCGAAAUUGUCUCCAAUCUGGCAUUGGAUGCCGUUUCAGCGCAAAAAGUCUACCAUAUCUGCCGUUUGAUGGGGCGCUCUGCUUCACACAUUACACUGGAGGUGGCUCUCCAGACACAUCCAAACUUGGCGAUUAUCAGCGAAGAAGUUGCUGCACACAAACAAACCUUGGGCAUGAUCGUGGAUACAAUUGCCGAUCUGGUCUGCGAGCGAGCCGCCCUUGCAAAGAACUACGGUGUCAUUAUCCUGCCCGAAGGACUCGUCGAGUUCAUGCCCGAUAUCAAAAGCCUGAUCCAAGAACUGAACGAAGUGCUCGCUCAAGCACCAGCGCGGAACGGCGUUGCCGCCGGAGACGCACCACAGAAUCCCUCCGAGGAAGCCGAUGAGGCGAAUGCCCUCGGCGAUCCGGAUGCGUCUCUGGUCGUCAUCCGCCGCAUUGCCCAGAGGCUUAGCAAAGAAUCCGCGGAGCUACUGAGCUCACUUCCAUCUGCGUUUGCGGUUCAGCUUUGCAUGGACCGGGAUCCUCACGGCAAUGUGCAGGUAAGCAAAAUAGAGUCAGAACGACUUGUCGCGGAAAUGGUGGAGCGCGAACUCGAGAAGCGCAAGCAAGAGGGUACCUACCGGGGAAAAUUCUCAGCGGUGACGCAUUUUUUGGGCUAUGAGGGUCGCUGCGGCUUGCCAUCGAAUUUCGAUUGUAACUACUGCUAUGUACUGGGUCUCGUUGCUGGAGGUCUCGUUGAAAACGGAUGCAAUGGCUAUAUAGCCCGCGCAACUGGUUUGACUCAGGCGCCUGAGCUGUGGCACGUUGGCGGCGUGCCGCUUACCGCCAUGAUGACCAUCGAGCGCCGCAAAGGCCGGGAUAUCCCCGUCAUCAGCAAGUCUGUGGUCGAUAUGGCGGGUCCCAUAUUCCAGAACUUCAAGAGAGAACGGCACAGCUGGGCCCUCUCCGACGACUAUCGUAUCGUCGGUCCGAUGCAGUUUUACGGUGAUGGAGCGGAUUGUUUGACAAUCUCCAUGCAAAUCGGUGAUUAG